AUGCUGGCAUCCCGGAAACUACGCCCUUACUUCCAUGCUCACACGAUUGAGGUAAUCACUGACCAGCUGCUCCAGCAGGUUUUGUCUAAGUUUGAUGUCGCAGGUCGGCUCCUCAAGUGGUCGGUAGAACUCGGAGAGUUUGACAUACAUUACAUUCCAAGGACUGCCAUCAAGACCCAGUCCGUAGCCGACUUCAUCGCGGAACUGGCCGAAGGCGGGAAUGGAAGCCCCGAACAGACAGAGGAGGCGUGGGACUUGCACGUGGAUGGCUUGGCUACCUCCAGCAGCGCCGGCGCGGGGUUGGUACUCUCAGCUCCCGACGGACGCUCGUUCGAACACUCCCUCUGCUUCGAGUUCCGGGCCACCAACAAUGAAGCCGAAUACGAGGCGCUCCUGGCUGGACUCAAGCUGGCCCUUGAAAUGCAGGUGGACGUUAUCCACGUCUUCACUGACUCGCAGCUCGUCGUCGAACAACUUAGCGGUGGGUACGAAGCUAGGGAACCGACCAUGGCAAGGUACCUGGCAGAGGUAAAAAGCCUAGCCUCCAACUUCUCCUGCUUCACGUUAUCCAAGGUGCCGAGGAACCAAAAUGAACGAGCUGACGAAUUGGCGAAGAUGGCUUCGGGACUGGACCACGGAAACCGCUCCGGGGUUGAAGAUCUCCCAUUCCGCACCAUCUCAGUUUCGUCUGUAACUCCGGUCGAAGCGCGCACCAUGUGGGUACAGGAGAUGCUGCUCUUCAAACGCAAUGGGAUCCUUCCCGACGACGAAGCCGCAGCACGCCGCAUUCGCCGAACACAAGCAUGGUAUUCCAAGGUGAACGGACGGCUCUACAAACGGUCCUUUUCACAGCCCCUGCUGCGAUGCCUCGAGCCUGGCGAAGCGAAGGCAAUCCUCGCCGAGGUCCACGAGAGGAUCUGCGGGGAGCAUAUUGCUGCUCGAACCUUGGCCUACAAAAUCCUUCGUCAAGGAUACUACUGGCCCACCAUGUCCCAAGACGCUAGAAUCUAUAUGCAGCGGUGCGGGCCUUACCAGAGGCACGCCCGAAUGCCCAGGCAACCGGCAGUCCCUCUGUCCCCCAUCGACUAUGCAUGGCCAUUCGCUCAGUGGGGAUUGGACCUCAUCGGCCCUUUUCCACUGGCCUCGGGGCAACGACGAUACAUCGUCGUGGGCGUGGAUUACUUCACCAAAUGGACCGAAGCCGAGCCACUAGCGACGAUCACGGAACGGCAAGUGGAGAAAUUCAUUUAG